UACAAUAGUGAAAGUUUUGAUACCAAUUUUCUGUGUGAAAGGGUCUUCAAAUUUGCUAAUUCAUGUAUCCUAUUGAAAUAUUGCACUUUUGAGUCUAAAUUAACAAUGUCAAUUCACGCAGAUGGGAGAAGAGGUACAAGCAUUGUGCAAGAUUGCAGGGCCCAUAGUGAUGACAGGCUUGCUGUUAUAUUCAAGGUCCGUUAUUUCCAUGCUCUUCUUGGGUCGUCUUGGAAAAUCAGAACUAGCUGGGGGCUCACUAGCAAUUGGGUUUGGAAAUAUCACAGGACUCUCAAUCCUCAGAGGCCUAUCCACAGGAAUGGAACCAAUUUGUUGCCAAGCCUUUGGAGCCAAGAGAUUGUCAGUUCUCAGCCAAACCUUUCAGAAAACAUUGUCUCUACUCCUACUUGUUUCCAUAUUAAUCUCAUUCUUAUGGCUAAACGUGGAACCCUUAUUUGGAUGGUUGGGCCAGGACCCAGAGAUCACAAGAGUUGCUAAAGUUUACUUGGCUUUCUCAAUUCCUGAAUUGAUAGCCCAAGCCCAUCUAUACCCACUAAGGAUUUUCUUAAGAACCCAAGGCAUAACCACCCCACUAACAAUAGCUGCAACUUUUGCAGCCAUUCUACACGUACCCAUUAUCUAUUUUCUUCAAGCUCACUUGAAAUUAGGGGUGGAAGGUAUUGCAUUGGCUACUGCUUUUAAUACUGCUAACUUAAAUGUGGGCUUGAUAAUAUAUAUGCUUGUAUCAAACAAACCAAUAAAGCCUUGGCAAGGAGCUACAAUUCUCUCAGCCUUUCAAGGCUGGGGACCAUUGCUAAGUUUAGCACUUCCUAGUACUGUUUCGGUGUGCUUGGAGUGGUGGUGGUAUGAAAUAAUGUUAUUUCUUUGUGGAUUAUUGACUAAUCCACAAGCUAGUUUGGCUGCUAUGGGAAUACUUAUUCAAACAACAGGCUUUCUCUAUGUGUUUCCAAUUUCUAUAAGUUGUGGCAUAACAACCAGAGUUGGACAUGCUUUGGGGGCUGGUCAACCUUCACGUGCACAAUGGACAUCUAUUAUUGGACUUACUGUGGCAUUUGCUUUUGGAUUCUCAGCCUUAAUUUUCUUGUCAGUUGUGAAGACAGUGUGGGGAAAGUUGUUCACUGAUGAGUCACAGAUUCUUGAUUUGGUUUCAGCUGCACUUCCUUUAGUGGGGUUAUGUGAACUUGCAAACUCUCCACAAACAGCUUCUUGUGGGGUCUUAACUGGGACAGCAAGGCCUAAACUUGGUGCAAGGAUUAAUUUGUGUGCAUUUUAUAUCAUUGGAUUGCCUGUGGCUAUUCUCACUACUUUUGUGUUCAAAGUUGGCUUGCAAGGCCUAUGGUUUGGGAUGCUUGCAGCACAGUUUUCAUGUCUGUGUAUGAUGGGGUAUGCAUUGAUUCACACAGAUUGGAAGCACCAAACUAAAAGGGCUGAGGAGCUAACUCUUUCUGUGGGAGAGAAGUCAGAGAGAGAUGAUUUGGAAUGUGGCCUGAUUACAACUGAUCUCUAGGUGCUAAACAUAUGAACUCAUUUUUUGGCAAGAGUUUCAAGGAUAUAUCUUUUUGCAGAUUUUCUCAGGAGUUUGGACCCGCAAUCAACUGAAAUCAUCAAUAUAUAACGAUACAUAACCGAGUACAAAUUAAAUAAACCUUGGUGGAGAAACUCAGGGCUACAUACAUUCUCAACAUUGAAAAGAAACCAAAACUGUAUCCGUCAGUUGUGGAUCAUCAGAUGCAUGGUUGAUUCUUUUCUUUGUCUGGGAACCACAUUCUUUCACUUCAUGAGUUCUCUUUGCGCAUCUUUGUAUGCAGGGUUGAAGCCAGCGAAAGAUAUAUUAACACUCACACACAUGCACAUUCUUUGAUUUUUUGUUCUUUUUGGUCAGUUAAUUUAGUUCACUAAAUAGUUUGCUGCACAUUUUGCUUCAUAGAAAAAUAUUAAUCUAAAAUAAAAUUCAACAAUGUUGCUGUAUUAGCUAAUGAGACACAUCUAAUCAUCUAUAGGAGAAAAUAAUAUUUUUUGUGUUACAUUAGUCAAUACAGUUGUAUGGUUGAAUUUACUUGAACAAUCUGCGAUAUAAUACAACACAUAAGAAAAUAAGAAAUUUAAUCCAGUGGAUUAUUCAUACUGUCUAACCAAUUUUAGAGCAGUAGUCUCCAUCUCAGCCCCACCAUCAACUUUUGAUACAUUCUAAACAUUAAUACAUUACCUCGAGGAUGAAAUCUUGAUCACUUAGCAGUUGUAUCUAGAUUAGACCUCAAGUAGAUAGGGAAAAGAAAUGUGCCAAGUGCACCAAACAUAAAAAUAUAAGCAAUUUUUCAAUAUAAAUACUAUCAAAUAAUAUCACGAUUCACGACAAAACUCACCAAUUGAUUUUUGGUAUAAACAAUGAUUGAACCCAUAUCCUUUAUUUGCGAGACAAAAAAUUUUACCAAUUAAAUUAACAGGAACCCACGACAAAGCAUUUCAACGUAAUGGAUUCAAAGAAAUAUGUAAAAUUUUGGUCCCAGCCAAAAGCAGCCAAUCGUAUCCAAAACAUCCCAUCCUAUACAUUUAGUGACUGAAAAUGGAUAAAGAAAACAGAUCGUUGUACCUCAUUGAAUAGAAGGAAUCACAACAGGGAUUAACCGAACAAGAAUGGUAGAAGAAUAGUAUGUGGUAAUGUACAAACCUACAAAAAAAUAAAAGCCUACUUUCUAAGCCUAGGACCAA